AUGCCGGCCACAGGCACCCAGAGCAGCGCGCAGCCUUCCGGGACGCUCAAGUUUCUCUCCGCACUGUUUUACGCACUCUGCUCGUUCUGUAUCACGAUGGUGAACAAGACGGUGCUGACCACUUACAGGUUCCCCUCAUACGCCUUUCUCGGAAUAGGACAGAUGAUCACCACUAUUGUUGUCCUGUAUGUUGCCAAAAAGAGAAACGCUGUCGAGUUUCAAGACUUUGACAGAAGCAUUUUCCUAAAGAUGUUCCCUCUCCCUUUGUUGUAUACAGGGAACCACAUCACAGGCUUGGGGAGUACACAAAAACUCAGUCUGCCCAUGUUUACGGUGCUGAGGAAGUUCACUAUACUGAUGACUAUGGUUCUGGAAGUGUACUUAUUGAGGAAAUCCUUCUCCAAGCGGCUGGUGUACAGUGUGCUGACCAUCGUCUUUGGAGCUUUGGUGGCUGCGAGUUCGGACCUGGCCUUCGAGGUGGAGGGAUAUGUCUUCAUCUUGCUCAACGAUGCUUUCACUGCUGCCUACGGAGUCUACACCAAGAAGAAGCUGAGCGUGGAGGGACUUGGAAAAUACGGUGUCCUGUUUUAUAAUGCCCUCAUCAUUGUCAUCCCCACCAUCAUCAUUUGUGCAUACACAGGAGACUUGGAUAGGGCACUGACGUUCCAAGACUGGACACAAGCAAAGUUUUUCUUCUGUUUCAUCAUGUCGUGCAUGAUGGGGUUUGUACUGAUGUAUUCCAUAGUCCUCUGCAGCCAUUACAACUCCGCACUAACGACGACAGUAGUUGGAGCAAUAAAGAAUGUAGCUGUGGCCUACAUCGGUAUCUUUGUGGGAGGAGACUACGUGUUUUCUUGGACAAACUUUUUUGGACUUUCCAUUUGCAUGUCAGGUGGACUACUGUACUCGUAUCUCAGCUUCAACACCACAUCAGAGAGGACAGUAGAAGAGGUGAAGAUCGAUGCGCUGGAACAACCUCCAGUUAAUUCUGCUAAAGAUUAG